AUGGUACUCAGUGCCAACUACCUCUGUAAGAAGCUGCAGCGGUGGGACCUGGAGACAGAGCAUAUGGAGGUGGAGGACAUUACUCUCAACCGUUGCGCGACCAGCUUCCGAGUCCUGGUGGUGUCGGCUAAGUUGGAGGGAAAGCCACUGCUCCAGAGACACCGGCUGGUGAAUGAAUGCUUAGCUGAAGAGCCCCUGCACAUCCAUGCCUUUGAGCAGAAAACUCUGACCCCAGAGCAGUGGACCUGA